AUGAUUGGGUUCUCAUUCAGCAUUGUCACCAGCUGGACAGCGCUCGGUGGUGUACUAAUCGUCGGUGUAGAAUCUGGAGGUCCGCCGGUCAUGAUCUGGUCAUGGCUAGGAAUCUCCUUGGUCACCUUAUCCGUUGCGUACUCCAUGGCUGAGAUGUGCUCUGCCUACCCAGUGGCGGGAGGGCAAUAUUCAUGGGUUGCGAUUUUGGCUCCCCAACGAUGGGCCCGAGGCUUCUCGUAUGUUUGCGGCUGGUUUAUGCUUAUUGGUAUUCUUGCUAUGGGAGCUACGAAUAACUUCAUUGGUGCAAAUUUCAUCUUGGGAAUGGCAAACCUCAACAACCCAGGCUACACCAUUGAACGUUGGCAUACCGUUUUGGUAGCCUAUCUAAUCGCUUUUCUGGCUACUAUCUCCAACAUCUUCAUCCCGCAUUGGCUAAACAAGAUCUCGAAGGGCAUCCUCGUCUGGAACAUUUGCGCCUUCUUCGUGUGUUUCAUCACUAUCCUAGUCACCAAUGACCACAAACAACCAGCCAGUUUCGUCUUCGGCACGUUCCAAAACUUCACUGGAUUCAAUCCUGCCUACGCUGCUAUCCUAGGUAUUCUACAGAGUGCUUUCGGAAUGUGUUGUUACGAUGCGCCGUCCCAUAUGACCGAGGAAAUAAAGAAUGCCCGGAAAGAAGCCCCUAGAGCAAUCGUCAUGUCCGUAUACAUUGGAGCUGUGACUGGAUUUAUAUUCUUGAUCUCUCUUUCGUUUUGUAUGGGUGAUAUCGAGGCAACAGCAACGACUCCUACUGGCGUUUCAGUUAUCGAAAUCUUCUUCAAUUCGACCGGAAGCAUUGCCGGGGCGUCCGCAUUAGCAUCUUUGAUUACAGUCAUCGUGCUAUUCUGUGCUAAUUCCUUGAUGGCCGAGGGUUCCCGCGCCGUUUUCGCAUUUGCCCGAGACCACGGCCUACCAUUCUCCAUGACCAUUAGCAAGGUGUCACCGAAACGAAAGGUUCCGAUAUAUGCAGUACUUGUGACUUGCCUGGUGCAAAUCGCUUUCAACUCAAUCUACUUUGGAACAUUGACUGGAUUCAAUACCGUCAUCUCCAUUGCUACCGAGGGAUUCUACCUCUCAUACGCAAUGCCUCUGCUCGCGCGCAUUCUUGCGCACGUAACUGGGAAGAAGCACCGAUUGGAAGGGCCAUACUCUCUUGGUCGACACGGUCUCGCGCUGAACAUUAUUGGGUUCAUUUUCCUGACUUUCUGCUGCAUUACGUUCAACUUCCCGUCACUGAAGCCAGUGGAAAGCGAGAAUAUGAACUACACGUCAGCAGCUAUCGGCGUAGUGAUGCUGAUCAGCAUCAUUACCUGGAUCGCAACUGGUAGGAAGAGGUUCACUGGUCCGGACAGAGGGCAUUUACUCAACGUUGGACGAAGAGAAGAGGUGGCCGCUACUGCGCCUAAGGUCGCGUAG